CUAGGCGCAGGCAUAUAAUAGGGAGCGCCCCCCUCCUCCUAGAAGCCCCUGACGAUCGCUGGUGGUCAGCAUUCGGGCACAGCCACUAUUCCCGACGCUCGACCUCCAUCCUCAUGAUAUCGCCCUCCCUAGCAAAUACCUCUCGCUUACGAACUAUAUCGUGCGCGUCUUUGAUACCAAGAGUUAUGUCUAAACCCAGUGGAAAGGCUGGAUUCAAGUCCACUGCAUCCUCCAAGAACACAGAUCCCCCCCCAGGAUACGCUGUAGAUCCCUCUGCUGACCCAAUGCUACGUUACCAGGCAUCUUUACCCCGCCUGCCCGUCCCUACCCUUUCAUCUACCGUCCACAAAUAUCUCGAGACUGUUCGUCCCCAUGUGUCAGAAGCCGCAUACAAACAGACAGAAUCUGUCGCCAAGGGCUUUCUCGCUUCGCCUUUCAGUGCCCAACUCCAGAAGCGCCUUGAAGCCAGAGCCACGGAUCCCAACGUCACCAACUGGAUCAUCGAUUGGUGGAAUGAUGCCGCAUACAUGGGUUAUCGUGACCCUGUCGUAGUUUUCGUCAGCUACUUCUAUGUCCACCUCGACGACAAGCUGCGCCGGGACCCAGUCAAGCGAUCCGCCAGCUUACUCAAAAGUAUGUUAUCUUUCAGGGAGUUGACGGAAAGUCGUGCGCUAGAACCCGAAAAAGUACGGGGCGCACCUCUCUGUAUGGCGUCCUACAAGUGGCUAUUCCAUUCAUCCCGAUACCCGAAUAAACCUUCUGAUACUGCCCACAAAUUUGACCCUGCUGCCCACAAUCACGUCGUCUUCGUUCGCAAAAAUAAGUUCUUCAAGGUCCCUUUAAUUGACUCCGCCGGCCGAGAGUUGUCUGCGGCAGAGCUCGAAUUCCAGAUAGAAAAGGUGAUAGAGAAAGCCGGUUCAUCCUCGGGUCUCCCUAUCGGUGCUCUUACGUCUGACAACCGUGAUCUUUGGACCGACGCUCGCGCGCACCUCAUAGCCGCCUCUGCCGAUGGAACGAACGCAAAGUCUCUGGAGGAGAUUGAGAGCGCUAUGAUUGUCGUCUGUUUGGAUGACACGAAGCCUGUCACCAGGGAAGAUAUAUCGUGGGCGUGCUGGGUCGGAGACGGCAAAAACCGUUUCUACGAUAAACAUCAAUUGAUCGUAUUCGACAAUGGUCGCUCGGGUUUUUUGGGGGAGCACUCGUGUAUGGACGGAACCCCGACCUUGCGCUUGAACGAGUUCAUAUUGGCAACUUUGGCACAUGGUAAAGUCGACCUCGGGCCAGCUAGAUCUGCCGAUACAGGGAAAAACCUUCCAGAACCGGUGGAAUUGCAGUUUAAGGUUAACGACCAAGUGAAAAUCCUUGUUCAAGGAGCUGAGAAGCGGUUUGAAGAAUUGGUUACAAGUCAUGAUCUCCACGUUCUUCACUAUGAAGGUUAUGGCAAAAAUACCAUCAAGAAGUUCAAAGCCUCCCCUGAUGCGUGGGCACAAUUAGUGAAACAGCUCGCCUUUCAUAAGAUGUUCGGUCGUCCCGGUGUCACGUACGAAAGUGCUCAGACGAGAAAGUACCAACUUGGGCGAACUGAAGUCAUUCGUUCCUCGAGUUCGGAAGCAAAGCAGUGGGCUGAGGCCAUGCUAGAUCCCGACGAGACGGACACUAAUCGCGCGAGCCUGUUCCGUGCGGCCGUUACGCGGCACCUACAAUAUGCUGCUUGGGCGGCUGAUGGUCAGGGUGUCGACAGACACUUCUUUGGGCUAAAGAAACUUCUCAAGGAAGGCGAGCAGACGCCUGAAAUUUAUAACGACCCUUCGUUCUCAAAGACCAACCAUUGGGAGCUGAGCACGAGCAAUCUCAGCAGCCCGUACUUUGAUGGGUGGGGGUACGGCGAAGUUGUUCCGGAUGGGUACGGACUGUCAUACGCGAUCGGUGAUGACUAUAUUCGCUGGACGAUUACUAGUUUGAAGAGGAAUACUGCCGAGCUGAAGCACUACCUUGCUGAGGCAGCCACUCAGACACGCGUCAUGAUGGAGAAAGCGCAAGCUUUGGAGAGCAAACUGUAGAGAAGAGCAGAUAAUUUACAACAAGAAUUGUAUCUCGGUUUUCAAAGUUCGGCCAACUGAUCCGAGCCAAGUGGAAA